AUGGAUAAUUAUAUUUGUGAAUGUGCUCCAGGAUAUUAUAUUGACAAUAUCGAGAAUGGUUAUUCUGCUCCAUUGAUUGAGGCGAAAAUUCAAGCAGCUUUAGCCAGUAAUGAAGCUGAUCCACCAAGAUUUUAUUGUCGACCAUGUCCACCUGGCUGCUCAGAGUGUAAAGCGAAUAAACUUUGUAGUGCACAAUUUGAUUACAAUCUACUUCGAGCUAUUCCAUUAGCUUUUCAAAGUUUUUGUAUUACAAUUUGUCUACUAUUUGGUAUGGCAAUGUUUAAAAUUCGUAGAGCACGAGUAAGUCAAUGUUUUUUACCCAGCCUUAUUUAA